CGCAGCAUGAACUACUGGCCCCAACAGGACCCCGACGAGCCCCCCGGCCACCGCCCAGAAGCUGCUGCUGCUGCUGCUGCUGCCGUUGCUGCUGCCGCUGUCGCUGCUGGCCGUCCCGAUCUCACCGUCCAUCCUCACAACCUCGUGGUGAAUCCGCUGCUUGUUGGCCCCCCGACCCCGACGAGCACCUAUCUCGAUCCAUCGCCGACUGCCGUCGACUAUGCCGGUCUGCCCCCAGGCAUGGGCCUCGACGCCGCGGCUCUGGCCGCCCCUCAGUCGCUGCCGCCGUCCUAUCGGCUCGCCCCAGGCACCGCCGAGCCCGUUGUCGCAGAGCCCCAGUACUUGCAUUCCCACCCCCCCAACGCCACACUCGACCGGUCGUCGGCCUCGUUUCCCGAUCUCCAGCAGCCCUCAUAUCAUUACCUGCAACUCCAGGCACCCCAUCCGCAGCAACUGCAUCGCCCACCCCACCAUCAUCCGCACCAGCAGCCCGAGUACCAUCCGCAACAGCAGCCUCAGUACCAUCCCCAUCCGCAACACCACCACCCGCCGCCGCAUCUGGCGACAAGCUAUGAGCAGGCUCACCACAGCUAUCCGGAUCUGCAUCUGCCCCACCACCACCAGCAACACCACCAGCAUCACUAUGGCGCUGGCAACUAUCCCAUCACAACGCACUACCCUGCCUCGCUCUCGUAUGCACCCGCUGUCCCGGCCAACCACAUGAAUGCUGCCAACAUGAGCGCCUUCCCCAACCCUGCCGCCUCAACCUCGACGUUCCCCCACUCGUCCUUGGCCGGUGGUCUCACACCUGCUCCUCUGCCCGUCGAUCCGUACGGAUCCGGCAUGCAGACUCCCGACAGCCCCGACGAUCGCCCGUUCAGGUGCCCCGACUGCCCCAAAACCUUUCUCCGGAAGCAGGACCUCCGACGGCAUGCCAUCAUCCACGAUCCAGUGUCCCCGGGAUAUAAGUGCACCCACUGUGGCACGAGCUUCACCCGCAGCGACGCCCUGUAUAGACAUGUCAAAGGCAAGCGGUGUCUAUGAGCCUCUUUCACUCUCUCCCUCCCUCGGCAAGCCGAGCUCCUCCGCCCCGCCGUUUCUUUCUCUCAGCCUCCGUAGACGAGGCCGAAUCGCGAGCCCCAUAAUUCGAGCCAGCACACCCGCACCCACACCCGUUCGCUCCGGCAGAUCGGAGUGGCCAACAACUGCUGCUGCGGUGUCUGUGCUGUCAACCAGAACUUCAUAUCAUGACCUAAUUAUCGAUGCGCCUCUCUGCGAUCGGCGAAGGCGAAAGCCGCUCUGCUGAUGAAAAUACACCUGUACAGCUUCUCUGCGAGAAAUCGUGGGAACACUACCACAUUGCUG